GACACGUUGCCUGGCACAGAGGAGGAGGGAAGGCGCUGUGGAUGGAGGAAAGGGUUGCUAAAUCCAGCUGCUUGGGUGUCCACUCAGAUAUCAGCGGAGAGACAAGUGGAGGCGGUAAGAGCAGAUGUCCUGCUCACAUCAUCUUUACCUGGAUUAGUCUCCACGGCAACCUUCCACCUGAAGAACAGCAUUCAGGACAGAUACACAAACAGUCACGUGUGUGUGUGUGCUUGUAUGCAAACACGUUUGUAUGUGUGUGCAGAUUAACUCCCAAGGGAAUAUCAGCAGCCAUGAACACUCAACAGAUGGAGCAGAUGGGCCAGUUCAAGAUCACUGUCUGGGAGGAGGAGAACUUCCAGGGAAAGCGCUGCGAGUUCAUGCUGGAGUGCCAGAACAUCAUGGAGAGGGGCUUCAACAAGAUCCGCUCCAUCAAGGUUGAGAACGGACCUUGGGUGGGUUAUGAGUACCCCGAGUUCCAGGGACAGCAGUUUAUCCUGGAGAAGGGAGACUACCCCCGCUACGAGGCCUGGAGUGGAAACAGCAGCUACAGAACCGAGCACAUGCUGUCUUUCAGACCCAUCAAGUGCGCCAACCACAGUGACAGCAAGGUGACCCUGUACGAGUGUGAGGACUUCCAGGGCCGUAAGUUCGAGAUGUGCGAUGACUACCCCUCCCUACAGGCCAUGGGCUGGUGCAGCAAGGAGGUGCCCUCCAUCAAAAUCAACUCCGGAGCCUGGGUGGCCUACCAGUUCCCCGGUUACCGUGGCUACCAGUACAUCCUGGAGAGAGACAGACACCAAGGCGAGUACAGAAACUACAACGAGUACAGCACCCAGGCUCACACCAACCAGGUGCAGUCCAUUCGUAGGAUCCAGCACUAAGCCUCCACUCUACCUGUCUGACUCAACCUGAAAAAAAGAACUUUUCCUGAUCUCCUUCCUCAACUUGAACCCGGACAGACCACUGUCACAGACCAGUAGAUGGACAAACUCUUUCUAUCACUCUGUGGCUUUGCAUGUAUGGAUAUCUAAGUACCUUCUUCUACUACCAUGCUAAGGCAUGUUCUUGAAAUAGGAAAUAAAGGCUUUUCUUCAAAACUA